UACUAAAUUAAGCUGUAAAAUUUAUACUAGUAUAUAUAUAAGCGGAGACAACGAAGCAGUGCCGAAAUAAAGCCUUUUUCAGUAUACUUUUAUCUUUGCAUUUGUCACAUUCUCCUUGCUUCUUCUAUUCUAAUCCUUCUCUCUCACACAUACACACACAUUAUCCUUCACAAUCUAACGAAAAUAUGGUGGGGAGAGAGAAAUUGGUGCAGUUUAGUGUGGUAAUAGUAAUUUUGGUGAAUAUUGCAUGGGCUGAGGAUAGAAUGAUAAAGCCAUUAGAGUUGGAGAUGUUUGCUGAUGAGCUUCCCGACAUGCCCAGAAUCAAAGGUUUCGAUUUCGCCGAUACUUCUCCGAUUCCGACCAAACUCAGUAUUGGAAUGUAUCACAAACUAUGGAAAUUUCAUAGAGAUCUACCUGCAACACCAGUUUUUGCAUAUGGUACAACAAAAGAAAAUGCCACAGUCCCUGGCCCUACAAUUGAAGCUCUUCAUGGAGUUCACACUCACAUAAAAUGGACUAAUUAUCUCCCUUCAAAACACAUACUUCCUUGGGACCCCACCAUCCCAACAGCCACACCUCACAAGGGUAAGGGCAUCCCCACGGUGGUGCACGUCCACGGUGGCGUCGACGAGCCCGAGAGUGACGGCCACUCGGGUGCAUGGUUCACGGCCCGGUUCAAGGACCAUGGCCCAUCUUGGACGAGGGAAACCUACAACUACCACAAUCUGCAGCACCCAGGCACGCUAUGGUACCACGACCACGCGAUGGGGUUGACCAGGGUCAACCUCUUGGCUGGCCUAGUUGGCGCCUACAUCAUCCGCCAGCCAAGCCUCGAGCUGCCACUAGGACUCCCUUAUGAUGAGGAGUUUGACCGCCCGUUGGUCGUGUUUGACCGCAGCUUCUCCACGGAUGGCUCGAUUUACAUGGACCCCAAGGGGAAUAACCCAUCCAUCCAUCCUCAGUGGCAGCCAGAGUACUUCGGUGAUGCCAUUGUUGUCAAUGGGAAGGCGUGGCCGUACAUGACCGUGAGGCGGAGAAAAUACAGAUUUAGAAUCAUCAACGCCAGCAAUGCGAGGUUCUUCAACUUCUCAUUCGACAACGGUUUGAAAUUUAUCCUUGUAGGAUCCGACUCAGCAUACAUUGAAAAGCCGGUAACAGUCAACUCCUUCCUGCUAGCCCCGUCCGAGAUCGCUGACGUGGUCGUUGACUUCUCCAAGUCAAAGUCAAAAUCAGUAUUAUUGACCAAUGAUGCAGCAUAUCCGUACCCUUCCGGUGACCCGGUCAAUGCAGCAAAUAGCAAGGUCAUGAAAUUCAUCAUCAAAUCCAAACAUGAAUUUGACACAUCAAAAAUCCCCAAAACAUUGAUCAAGUAUCCUCUGCCAAGUCUGUCUGCCACGGGGGUGCUCGUGAGGUACAUCUCGUUAUACGAGUACACGAGCCCCAUCGAUGAGCCCACGCAUCUCUACAUCAACGGCUUGCCCUAUGAGGCCCCAGCCACGGAGACGCCGAAAGUGGGGACCACUGAGAUAUGGAAUGUGAUCAAUUUGACGGAGGAUAACCAUCCGUUGCACAUACAUUUGGGCCUUUUUAUGGUUCUUGAUCAAACGGAGUUGGUGGAUGUCGAUGAGUUUAAAGAGUGUAUGCUGAAGUACAACGACGCGAUCAAGUGUGGGGUCCACAGGUACGCCACGGGCAGGAAGCGACAGGUUCCUGCCCACGAGAGGGGGUGGAAAAAUGUGUUCAAGUUGAUGCCUGGACAUGUCACUAAGAUAUUUGUGAGGUUUUCGUAUAUUCAUUCGAAUGAGUCAUAUCCGUUCGACGCCACUGCUGAGCCGGGAUAUGUGUACCAUUGUCAUAUUUUAGAUCACGAGGAUAAUGCGAUGAUGAGACCAUUGAAAUUCACUCAUUGAUGUGUGUAUUGUGUUAAUAUUGAUGAGGGAAAUGGAUAUAGUUUCAACUUUCAACUAAAGUGUGAUGGAGUAUGUUGUAACUUUGUGUAGCAUUUAGCAAUGACUAUUACUAUUCCAUAUCUCAUGUCCAAAUUCAAGUACAAGUCGAAGGCAUCACUCUCCAAUGCUUGAACUGCAAUAUAUAUUAAAUGCUCCUAUGUGAUUGACUUUA